AUCUGUACCUUGCAAACUUAUUGCUUUGUCGAUUGAGGCGGUUUCACUUUGCCAAAAGCUGAGAAAAAUACCUCAGUUGCUCUUUUUUUCCAUGCUUAUUCCGUGAACACACACCUCUUGACAUAAAGGAAUGCCAUGGAGCUCAAGCCUAGCAUCACCACUUUCCUUCUUCUCUUCCUUCUCAUCACAGUGCCUUACUUCUCAAGAGGGAGUUGCAGAGAGUUGGGUACUCAUGAUCAGGUGUAUGAAAUUGAUUAUAGAGGUCCAGAGACCCACUCAUCAAUUCCUCCGCCUGAUCGCUCUCGUGGAAAACCACCUUUGAUCCAUCGAAAAACUGCUCUGGAACCUACCAAAUCCAAGGGCUCAAGGGGUCAUGAUAAUAUAGGAGGAAAAGGACUAAAAGGCAAGAAAAUACAAGGAUAAGAAGUUUUGGAAGUGGUGGUUGUAGUUUUUUUUUUAUCAGAUUGGAAACAGUUGAGUUGAUGAUCUCUUAUAGAUAUUAGGAAUACAUAGAGAAUCAUGAGGAUGUAAUAUAUGACAUUAAUCUGGUGUUAUGUUUUGUUUAUCUAGCAAUUUGUUCAAAUCAUGAGGGUUGUGUGAUUGAUCUUUGUUUAGAGAGUGAAUUAAUAUUGAAACUAUUGUUAAAUAGUACUUAUGGCUUUAAGAAGAAUUAGCUUAAUAGCCAUAUAU